GCUUUGAAAAGAUUGAUCCAAUGCAUUCUUCACAACUGGACUGGAUCCUUUGUGAUGCUUGAGGUGGGAAGCUGAGCACGUUGCUGAGUUACCAGAGAAAAGGAGGGAAAGCCAUGGAUUUCCAUGACAAUGUCCCCCUGCGGGCCGUAGGAUUCUGUGCAUCAUUCUUUUUUGUCCUCCUUGUUUCAUUUACCUGUGCCCAAAAUGGAGUAGUAGAAUCUGAACCCACCCUGGAAGAAAUCCCACAAGGCGCAUCUACCUUGGCUUUUGUAUUUGACGUGACUGGCUCAAUGUACGAUGACUUAGUUCAGGUCAUUGAAGGUGCCUCCAAAAUUUUGGAAACCUCUUUGAAGAGACCCAAGAGGCCACUUUACAACUUUGCAUUAGUUCCCUUCCAUGAUCCAGAAAUUGGUCCUAUAACCAUUACCGCAGAUCCUAAGAAAUUUCAAUAUGAACUCAGAGAAUUAUAUGUUCAGGGAGGUGGUGACUGUCCAGAGAUGAGCAUUGGGGCCAUCAAAAUUGCUCUAGAAAUUUCUCUUCCUGGUUCAUUCAUCUAUGUAUUUACUGAUGCCCGGUCCAAAGAUUAUAAACUGACUCAUGAGGUCUUGCAGCUCAUUCAGCAGAAGCAGUCCCAGAUUGUAUUUGUUCUAACCGGAGACUGUGAUGACAGAACACAUACUGGUUAUAAAGUCUAUGAAGAGAUUGCUUCAACAAGUUCUGGUCAAGUUUUUCACUUGGAUAAAAAGCAAGUUAAUGAGGUACUGAAAUGGGUGGAAGAAGCAGUGCAAGCUUCUAAAGUUCAUCUAUUGUCUACAGACCAUUUAACUUCAGGAGAAAGCUUUUGGCAGAUCCCUUUUGAUCCUAGUCUGAAAGAAGUUACAGUGUCACUAAGUGGUCCUUCCCCAGAAAUUGAAAUUCACAACCCUUUGGGUAAGCAUGUAAAGAAAGGAUCUGGCUUGAAUGAAUUACUCAAUAUUGAAAAUUCUGCUAAAGUAGUGAACAUAAAAGAACCAGAACCAGGAACAUGGUCUAUUCAGAUAUCAAGUAGUGGACGACACUCUAUUCGUAUCACUGGACUUAGCAAUAUUGACUUCAGAGCUGGAUUUUCCAGGAAGCCAACACUAGACUUCAAAAUGACUUCUACCAGACCAGUACAAGGGAUACCUACCUACAUUCUGCUCAAUACUACAGGGAUCCAUCUUCCAGCUAGAGUAGAUCGUUUAGAACUGCUGAGCAUCACUGGAGAGCCCCUCAAGACUGUUCCUGUAAAACCCUUUCCUGAAAGCAAUCCUUAUGGAAUCUGGAAUAUCUCUGAAUUUAUUCCACCAAAUGAAGCCUUCUUCCUUAAAAUAACUGGCUACGACAAAAAUGAUUACCUCUUUCAGAGAGUUUCAAGUGUUUCAUUUUCUAAUAUUAUUCCUGAUGCUCCAAAAGUCAGCAUGCCCAAGAAAACCCCAGGAUAUUAUCUGCAGCCAAGUCGUAUUUCUUGUCAUAUAGCCAGCCUCAUUCCUUUUACUGCUCAUUUUAAAAGAAAUGGAGUUAAACUGGGAAUGGAUCAGUUUUUCAAAGAAUCUGCUAUUGUAAGUUGGGAAAUUGCCAAAGUAACUCUUUUGGAUGAGGGCUAUUAUGAAUGCAUCGCUAGCAGUACUGCAGGAACAGGACAUGCAGAGACAUUUUUGGAUGUAUCAGAACCCCCACCUGUCAUACAAGUUCCUAACAAUGUUAUUGUCCCUCCUGGUGCCAGAGCCAUUCUUACAUGCUUAACUAUGAGCACAGUGCGUUACAAUCUCACCUGGCACAGAGAUAAUAGGAAUGUGAAAUUCCUGGAGCCCUUGAGAAUGCGAAUAAUGAGCAAUCUCUCUCUCGAACUCAAAACCGUCAAAAUCUCAGAUGCCGGAGAGUACAACUGUAUGGCUUCUAAUGAAGGUGGUUUCACCAGGGCAUCUGUAUUCCUUACAGUGCAAGAAUCACCCAAAGUUAUUGUAUCACCCAAGAACCAAUCAUUUACUGAAGGAUCUGAAGUGUCUAUCAGUUGCUCUGCAACAGGUUACCCAAAGCCCACUGUGGUGUGGACACAUAAUGAUAUCUUUCUUAUGGCAUCCAACAGGUACAGGUUAACUCCUGGAGGUACUUUAAUGAUAAAAAAUGCAGUUCCCAAGGAUGAAGGGGUCUAUGGUUGCUUGGCUAGCAAUGCAGCUGGAACAGUCAAAGAAACAGCUGUUCUCAUAUACAUUGAGUUCCCUCGGGUGACUGUAGUACAAAAUGAACUUCUGAUUGCCCUUGGAGACACCUCUAUAAUGGAAUGCAAAAGCACUGGGGUCCCACCUCCGUUAAUUAAAUGGUUUAAAGGGGAUUUAGAGCUGAGGGCAACAGAAUUUCUUAUUAUUGACUUCUCUCGGGGUACCCUGAGAAUUCAGGAAACACAAGAUCUGGAUGCUGGUGAUUAUAUGUGUGUUGCCACAAAUGUUGCAGGAACUGCAUCUGAUAAAAUAACUCUGGAUGUUGGCUCUCCUCCAGUUUUCACACAAGAACCUAGUGAUGUAUCUAUGGAUAUUGGCUCAAACAUAACAUUGGCUUGCUAUGUUCAGGGUUAUCCAGAACCGAAGGUGAAGUGGCAGCGGUUGGAUGGCAGCCCACUUUUCUCAAGACAUUUUGCAGUUAGCUCUGUCAGUCAACUCAGAACAGGAGCCCUUUCUAUUCACAAUUUAUGGGUUAAUGAUGAAGGAACAUAUGUCUGUGAAGCUGAAAACCAGUUUGGAAAGAUUAUCUCAAGCCCAGCUACAGUUACUGUGACAGGACUUGUUGCACCUCUAAUUGCAAGGAGUCCUGCAACAGCUAAUGUCAUUGAAGGACAGCAACUGACUCUGUCAUGUGUACUGCUGGCAGGGAACCCAAUCCCAGAGCGGAAAUGGAUUAAAAGUAGCACGGUGGUGGUCCAGACUCCUUAUAUCAGCCUCUGGAGUGAUGGGAGUCUUCAUCUUGAAAGAGUUCGACUACAGGAUGCUGGAGACUACAGUUGCAUGGCCAGCAAUGUUGCUGGGACAGACAACAAAACAACCACUGUCAAUGUCUUUGUUCCACCCAUAAUCCAGCAUGGACAACAGAUAUUUAGUACUAUAGAAGAUGUUCCACUUACAUUGCCUUGCAAAGCCAGUGGAGUUCCUAAGCCAUCCAUAGUAUGGUCCAAGAAAGGAGAAAUGAUUCCUCCCAGUAGUUCAAUGUUUUCUGCUGGGUCUGAUGGAAGUCUUUAUGUAGUUUCUCCGGGAGGUGAGGAGUCUGGGGAAUACAUCUGCAGUGCAACCAAUGCAGCAGGUUAUACUGCACGGAAAGUACAACUGACAGUCUAUGUAAAACCAAGAAUUUCCAGACCUGGAAGUCAGCAAGGAAGUUCACUAGAUAACCCAAUUGAGAUGUCAGUAACAGCUGGGGAAGAAGUGACACUUCCCUGUGAAGCGAAAAGUUUGCCACCCCCAAUAAUCUCUUGGGCUAAAGAAAUGCAGCUUAUUUCUCCAUUUUCUCCAAGACAUACCUUACUCUCUUCAGGCUCAAUGAAGAUCACAGAGACGUGGGUAUCAGACAGUGGCUUGUACAUCUGUGUGGUCACAAAUAUUGCUGGAAAUGCAACCCAAAAAAUAAAACUAAAUGUACAUGUUCCUCCAAAGAUACAACAUGGGCCUCGAGUGAUUAAAGCAAAAGUUAAUAAUAGAGUUGAUAUACAUUGCAAUGCUCAAGGAAUCCCAUCUCCAAGAAUUACUUGGCUUAAAGAUCAACAAUCCAUUUUGAUAGACAACAGACAGUAUGCUGCUUCUCUAGAUGGAACACUGAGUAUCAUCAAAGUUGUGCUUUCGGAUGCUGGGAUCUAUAAAUGCAUGGCAAGUAACAUUGCUGGCCAUGAUGAAGCUGAGAUAAUGAUCCAAGUUCAAGAACCUCCAAGUGUUGGAGCACUUGAUCCACCAUACAACUCUCCAUUUCAAGAAAGAGUAGCAAAAGAACAAAUUGCCUUCCCAUGCCCAAUCAAAGGUACUCCAAAACCUGUGAUAAAAUGGCUACAUAACAAUAGGGAGAUUACGGGCAAUGAACCUGGGCUUUCAAUUUUGGAAGAUGGAACUUUGCUGGUCAUUGCUUCCGCCACACCAUACAACAGUGGAGAAUAUAUCUGCACCGCAAUCAAUGAAGCUGGAAACACAGAAAUAAACUACAGUCUGAAAGUUUAUGUUCCACCUGAAAUCAAAGAUCAGGACAAGGUGACCAAUGCAUCUGUGGCCAUCAAUAAGCCUUUAGGUCUGUUCUGUGAGGUAUCUGGUGAUCCUUUUCCAGUCAUUACUUGGUAUAAAGAUGAUGUGCAGGUUCUGGAGGGAAGUACUUUGCAAAUUUUGGAAAAUGGAAAGUUGUUGAAACUUCUUAAAGUUGCAACUGAUGAUGCUGGCCAGUAUUCAUGUAAAGCCACCAGUAUAGCUGGGAGUUCAGAGAAAUUUUUCACUGUAGAUGUGCAAGUCCCACCCAUUAUAGGAGAUGCUGAAUCCAAUGAAUUUUCAGUCACCCUCAGCCAACAGGCAAUUUUAGAAUGCAGGGUCAGUGGGUCUCCUUUUCCUAUCAUCAAGUGGUCCAAAGAUGGCAAGCCCCUCUUUUUAGGUGACCCUAAUAUUGAGGUUUUGGACAAAGGGCAAAUUCUUCAAAUAAAGAGUACUCAAAGAGUUGACAAAGGACGCUACCAAUGCAGUGCAACCAAUUCUGCAGGCAAACAGUUUAAGGAACUCAAACUCAUAAUCCACAUUCCACCUACAAUUAAAGGAGAAAAUAUUACCACUGAGGUGUCAGAAUUGCUACAUAGCAUCUUAAAGCUGGAGUGUGAAGUCAGAGGAAUUCCAGCUCCUACAAUAACAUGGUAUAAAGAUGGAAGCCCAAUUAUUUCUGGUCCCCAAGCUGUUUAUUUGGAACAUGGACAAUUUCUCCAGAUUCCUCAUGCUCAAGUCUCUGAUUCGGCUCAAUAUACCUGCCAGGCUACCAAUGAAGCUGGGGUGGCUGAAAAAAUAUUCCAAGUGGAUGUCUAUGUACCCCCAAUUAUUGAGGGUGUCAGUGAAACCAUUCAAAACAAGCAAGUGGUUGUUGGAAGUUCACUUAUGUUGGAAUGUAAUGCUGCUGGCAACCCUCCUCCCCUGUUAACCUGGCUGAAGAAUGGAGUUCCUGUAACAGCAAGUGACUACCUCCAUGUUGUGUCCAGUGGGAAGAAGCUGGAGAUCCUGAAUGCUGCUGUGACUGACCAUGGCCAAUAUAUGUGUGUAGCUACUAGCAUAGCUGGGGAACAGGAGAUCAAAUAUGAUGUGGAAAUCCUAGUUCCACCAAGUUUGGAAGGAGGAGAUGAAUCUUCAGGCCACACUGUGAUUCUCCACAGCAACCUAGAGUUGGAAUGUCCAGCCAUAGGAACACCCCUGCCGACCAUCACAUGGUUGAAAAAUGGCCAACCUAUUGAAGGAGGAGUUGGAUAUAAACUUUUGCUCAAUGGACGCAGGCUUCUCAUCUCUCGGGCUGAAGUAUCUGAUGCAGGCCAUUAUCAGUGUAUAGCGACCAACAAGGCGGGAGAAACCAAACAAGAAUUUGAUGUGAUUGUGCACGUCUCUCCAACAAUCAAAAUGAGUGGUCCUUCUGAAAGAUUUGUAGUGAUACACAAACCAGUAACCCUGCAGUGUAUUGUUAAUGGCAUACCAAUCCCUUCUAUCACAUGGCUGAAAGAUAAUCAACCUGUAAAUACUGCUAGAGAAAACAUUGGACUGGAAUCUUCAGGGCACAUUUUGCAGAUUGCCAAGGCCCUAAAAUAUGAUGCUGGCAGAUACACCUGUAUAGCAACAAAUGCAGCUGGUGAAGCCCAACAAUCCAUUUAUCUGCAUGUAUAUGAGCCACCUAGUCUGAAGGAUGCAGGAAUGCUAAGAAAUGAGACUGUAAUUGUGAACAAUCCAAUACAACUAGUGUGCAGAGUGUCUGGAACUCCUUUGCCAGUUGUCACAUGGUACAAAAAUAACCUUCCUCUCAUCAAUAUUGCUGGCAUCACUUUCUUGAACAGAGGGCAAAUUGCUCAAAUAGAUGCAGCCCAGAUCUCUGACACUGGGAUUUAUAAAUGUGCGGUGACAAAUGCAGCAGGAGUAGCUGAAUUAUUCUAUAAUCUUCAGGUCCAUGUUCCACCCUCCAUUUCAGGAAAUAAUGAAAUGGUAACUGUUGUAGUUAAUGAUCAGGUGAGGUUGGAGUGUGAAGCUCGUGGAAUUCCUGCUCCUAUUCUAACCUGGUUGAAGGAUGGCAGUCCCGUUUCUAGUCUUUCAAGUGGACUCCAGAUUCGUUCUGGAGGUCGCAUCCUGGCACUGACGAGUGCUCAGAUCAGUGAUACUGGAAGAUACACAUGUGUUGCAGUAAAUGCAGCAGGAGAAAAACAAAGGGAUAUUGAUCUCAGAGUUUAUGUUCCACCUAAUAUUAUGGGAGAGGAACAGAAUGUCUCUGUGGCAAUGGGAGAACAUUUGGAACUCCGCUGCCAAAGCAAUGCGAUACCUCCACCCAUGCUUCAGUGGCUGAAGGAUGGUCAGCUCCUGCAGAAGAAACUGGGUCUUACCAUUACUGAAGGUGGAAGUAUACUGAAGAUUGCACAAGCACAGGUGCAAGACACUGGACGCUAUACUUGUGAAGCAACAAACAUUGCUGGGAAAAUGGAAAAAAACUACAAUGUCAACAUAUGGGUGCCAUCAAGUAUUUACAGUUCAGACACAGUGACUCAGCUGACUGUAAUUGAAGGGAACCUCAUCAGCAUGAUGUGUGAAUCCCGUGGAAUUCCACCACCUACUCUGGCAUGGAGGAAGAAUGGUUCUCCACUGGUAGUUGACCCUACGGGGAGAGUCAGGGUCUUAUCUGGUGGAAGACAACUUCAAAUUUCUAUUGCUGAAAAAUCAGAUUCAGCCUCUUAUACAUGCAUAGCUUCAAAUGUAGCUGGAAUAACAAAGAAAGAAUAUAAGUUGCUAGUGUAUGUUCAUCCAACUAUUCUGGACAAUGGGAAUAUACAAUCGGAUGUCAUUGUAACUCAAGGGAAUGACAUUUCAUUUGAAUGCCAAGUGGAUGGUAUUCCACAACCGACUGUCACCUGGAUGAAAGAUGGUCAACCAUUGGCCAAUGAAAGAGGAGUUGAAAUACUAAACGAGGGCCACAGUCUUCGACUUAAAAGUGCACAGGUGUCGGAUACUGGUCGCUAUGUAUGUGUUGCUGUGAAUGUGGCAGGACUGACUGACAAGAAAUAUGACUUAAGUGUUCAUGUCCCCCCAAGAAUUAUGGGUAAUCUGGUGCAGCCAGAAAAUGUAAGUGCUGUGGAGAAAAGUCCUGUCAACCUGAUUUGUGAAUCUUCAGGAAUUCCCCAUCCAUCAAUAAUGUGGCUGAAGAAUGGACAGCCAGUGUCUUUAAGUAACUCUGUAAGAAUCCUAUCAGGUGGCAGGAUGUUACGUCUGAUGCAGGUGAAAAUGGAAGAUGCUGGCCAUUAUAUCUGUGUAGUAAAUAACAUUGCAGGAGAAGACAGGAAAAACUUUGAACUUUCAGUUUUAGUACCUCCAAGCAUUGUAGGAGAAAAUAAACUAGAAGAUGUAAAAGUAAAAGAAGGACAUGGCAUUACGUUGACAUGUGAAGUCACAGGAAACCCUAUUCCAGAGAUCACUUGGUUAAAAGAUGGACAAACGUUUCUACAGGAUGAUGGCUAUCAGUUGAUGUCUAGUGGACGCUUUCUUCAAAUUACAAACGCUCUAGUCGCUGACACAGGGAGAUAUACCUGUGUUGCCUCCAAUACAGCUGGAGACAAAAGAAAAAGCUUCAGUGUUAAUGUACUUGUGUCUCCAUCCAUUGUGGGUGCAGAUAAUAAUGGGGGUGCAGAAGAAGCCACGGUUAUCUUAAAUAACCCAACCUCCUUAGUUUGUGAGGCUUAUUCAUAUCCACCAGCCACAAUCACCUGGUUGAAAGAUGGAGCUCCCAUAGAUUCAAAUGAGAACAUCAGGGUGUUGCCAGGUGGUCGAACUUUGCAGAUUCUGAAUGCCCAGGAGGACAAUACUGGUAGAUAUACUUGUAUAGCUACAAACGAAGCAGGGGAAACAUUAAAACAUUAUGAGGUGAAAGUUUAUAUUCCUCCUACGAUAAGCAGAGACAAUUUAUCAGGACUAGGCUUGUCCCCUAAAGAAGUGAAAAUCAGAGUGAACAACAGUCUUACCCUAGAAUGUGAAGUCCAUGCAAUUCCUGCUGCUGGCAUCAGAUGGUACAAGGAUAGACAGCUGAUUACAUCAGAUGAUCAUUUAACAAUCCAAGGAGGUGGACGCAUCCUUCAAAUUAAGGCAACUCAGAUAUCUGACACUGGCCGAUACAGUUGUGUUGCUUCAAACCUAGCUGGUGAGGAUGAGCUGGAGUUUGAUGUCAAUAUACAAGUUCCUCCUAGUUUUCGAAAACCAUUUGGAUUCUGGGAAGAUGGAGAUGCGCUAAGUAGAAGACAAAGAGGAAGAGCCAAAGAUGUGAUUGUAAACUAUCCUCUGUCUUUAUAUUGUGAAACUAAUGCUGUGCCCCCUCCAGUUCUUACAUGGUAUAAAGAGGAUUUUCCACUGAGUUCCAAUGAUAAAGUACGGAUACUUCCAGGAGGUCGUGUGUUGCAGAUUUCUAGAGCUCAGAGUGAAGAUGCUGGACGAUAUACCUGCGUGGCCACUAAUGAAGCUGGAGAAGAUUCUAUCCAAUAUGAUGUCCGCGUGCUUUUGCCACCAUCCAUUAACGGUGCCAACGGUGAUGUGACUGAGGAGCUGACUGUACUUCUGGACAAGAUGGCAAUGAUGGAAUGUAUAGCAGAGGGUAUUCCUCCUUCAAGCAUAAUCUGGGAGAAAGAUGGACAGCUAAUAGCUGAAGAUUCCCAUUACAAAUUCCAACUAGGUGGAAAAACCCUUCAGAUUCAUAAUACUCAAAUAGCAAAUACAGGCAGGUAUGUCUGUCUUGUGGAGAACAUAGCAGGACGUGCCAAAAGAUAUUUUAAUCUUAACGUCCAUGUUCCUCCCAAUAUUAUUGGAAUUAAUCCUGAGAACCUAACUGUUGUGGUGAAUAACUUCAUCUCACUGACAUGUGAGGUCACUGGCUUCCCACCUCCUGAUCUCAGUUGGCUCAAGGAUGGAAAACCUCUCAGUUUGAACACAAAUAUUCUCAUUGUUCCUGGUGGUCACACAUUGCAGAUUCCUAAGGCACAUUUAUCUGAUGGUGGUCAAUAUGUCUGCAUAGCGAGAAACAGUGCUGGAGAAAGCAUCAAGAGGACUUUCCUUACUGUUUAUGUUCCACCAAGUAUUAAAGGCGAGAGCAGCACACCUCCUGCAAUAGUCAAUGUGAGAGUGGGAAUGCCAGUGACAUUAGAGUGUGAAUCCAAUGCUGUUCCACCUCCCAUCAUCACCUGGUACAAGAAUGGCCGUAUAAUCUCAGUUUCAUCCAAUGUGGGCUUUAUAGCAGAUGGACAGACACUCCAUAUCAAGAUGACCGAGGUAUCUGAUACAGGCCAGUAUGUAUGCAAAGCCAUAAAUAUUGCAGGACGUGAUGACAAAACAUUCCAUCUUAAUGUUCAUGUACUGCCUACCAUUGAAGGCCCUCAGCAAGAGUGGAUCAAUGAAACCAUCAGCAAUCCUAUUACUCUUACCUGUGAUGCUACUGGAAUUCCUCCACCAGCUAUAACUUGGCUUAAGAAUGGAAAACCACUUGAAAAUUCUGCCACCCACGAGUUGCAUAUUUUAUCCGGAGGAAACAAGCUGCAAAUUACCAGGCCUCACUAUUCUGAUACUGGAAAUUAUUCCUGCAUUGCUUCAAAUGUAGAAGGCAAAGCUCAGAAAUUUUAUGUUCUUUCUGUUGAAAUUCCUCCAGAUAUUGUUGGUUCUGAAAUGCCAAGUGAAGUCAGUGGUAUCCUUGGAGAAAACAUCCAGAUUUCCUGUGAGGCUAGUGGAAUUCCUACACCUGUCAUUCAGUGGCUAAAAGAUGGGAAACCAAUCAGCAAUGGUGAAUCUCAGCAGAUAAGUAUGGUUCCAAAUGGGAGCUUACUAAACAUUUUUGGAGCCCUUACAAGUGAUGGAGGGAAAUAUAGUUGUGUUGCUACCAAUCCUGCAGGGGAAGAGGACCGGAUAUUCAGUGUGAAUAUAUAUGUGCCACCCACUAUCAGUAAAAAUAAAGAGGAACCUGAGGCCCUAACUGUGGUAUUAGACACUUCAAUAAACAUUGAAUGUCAAUCUAUGGGCACUCCACCUGCCCAGAUAAAUUGGCUGAAGAAUGGUCUUCCCCUCUCUAUAUCUUCCCACAUCAGGUUACUUUCAGCUGGACAAGUACUCAGAAUUGUUAAAGCACAGGUAGCUGAUGUUGGCGUGUACACAUGCAUAGCCUCCAACAGAGCUGGUGUCGACAAUAAACAUUAUAGUCUUCAAGUUUAUGUACCCCCAAGCAUAGACAAUGGUGGAGAAACAGAAGAAGUAACUGUACUAAAAGGGAAUCCUGUAUCUUUGGUGUGUUUGGCUAAUGGAAUACCAACACCAACUAUAUCAUGGCUAAAAGAUGGUCAGACUUUAAGCAGUAACUUUCAUGUGACUUUUGAAAACCAAAAAAUGGGUCUUCGUAUAUUAAACUCAGAGGUUAAUGAUACAGGUAGAUAUACCUGUAUAGCAUCCAAUGAAGCUGGGGAAGACAAUCAACACUUUAUUCUGAAAGUGCUAGAACCUCCUCAUAUUAAUAAAUCAGAUAACCCAGAAGAAAUUUCUACAGUGAUUAACAAUCCUCUUGAGCUUCUCUGUAUCUCUGAUGGGAUUCCAAUCCCCAAACUAACAUGGAUGAAGGAUGGACGCCCACUGCAUCAAGCAGACACUGUUCAUGUCCUAAGAGGAGGACAGGUCUUCAGAAUAUCCAGUGUUCAGGUAGAAGAUACUGGAAGAUAUACAUGUUUGGCUUCUAGCCCUGCAGGAGAUGAUGAUAAAGAAUAUUUAGUGAGAGUACAUGUUCCCCCAAAUAUCGCUGGCACAAGCAAUUCUCAAAAUCUUAGUGUGCUACAGAACCAGCAAGUUAUACUAGAGUGCAAAUCAGAUGCAGUUCCUCCUCCUGUCCUUACAUGGCUCAAAGAUGGAGAAAUUUUGGAGGCUACUCGCCGAGUUCGCAUUUUAUCCAGUGGAAGGUAUUUGCAAAUCAACAAUGCAGACUUAAACGAUGCAGCAAAUUAUACCUGUGUCGCAAGUAAUGUUGCAGGCCGAACCACAAGAACGUUUGUAUUGGAUGUAAAUGUUCCUCCUUCAAUCAAAAAUGGUUCUCAGACUGUGAUUGUGAAUAUUAAUAUGUCUGCUGUCUUGGAGUGUGCUGUGGAAGGUGUUCCAGUCCCAAGAAUUUCAUGGAGAAAAGAUGGAGCCCUUUUAGCUGGACACAAUGUCAGACAUUCACUAUUAGGAAAUGGAUCCCUUCACAUACAUUCAGCCCAGGUUACUGACACUGGGAGAUAUCUUUGCAUGGCAACCAAUGUGGCUGGCACUGAGCGUAAGAGGAUUGAUCUUCAGGUCCAUAUUUCUCCAUAUAUUGCCCCAGGACCUGUCAAUGUCACAGUAUCUGUAAAUAUACAAACCACACUACCCUGUGAAACUACAGGGAUUCCUAAGCCAGCCAUAGCCUGGAAGAAGAAUGGGCAUGUUCUCAAUUUGGAUCAGAACUCAUUCAGGCUUUUGUCGUCAGGUUCGCUAGUAAUUUUUUCUCCUUCUGUAGAAGACACUGCACUCUAUGAGUGUAUAGUAACCAAUGAAGCAGGCAAAGAUCAAAGGACUAUUAGUCUCAUGGUAGAAGUGCCACCAUCCAUAGCAGAUGAAGUUACAGAUCUAUUAGUAACCAAGUCAUCACCCAUAAUCAUUCCCUGCACAGCAUCAGGUGUUCCAGUGCCUUCAAUCCUUUGGACCAAGAAUGGAAUAAAGCUUCCUUCUCGAGGAAAUGGCUUCAGAAUUCUGUCUUCAGGUGCUAUUGAUAUAAGCACUGCUCAACUGGACCAUUCAGGAAAAUAUACUUGCACUGCAUGGAAUGCUGCUGGCUCUGCAUAUAGACAUAUCACCCUUCUUGUUCAGGGUGAGGUGGGAACUAAACCACCAACAAUACGAAUGCAACCCGGAGCAUUAGCUGUUAUUCUGAACAACCCAGUUCUCCUGCCCUGCAAAGCAUCAGGCACACCUCAUCCUGUGAUAUCAUGGCAGAAGGAAGGGGUCAGUGUUAUUACAACAGGGAAUAGGUAUACAGUACUUCCCAAUGGCAGCCUUCAGAUUGCUAAAGUUGCUGUUGAAGAUGCUGGAACUUACAUGUGUGUUGCUCAGAAUCCAUCAGGCACUGCUCUUGGGAAGAUCAAAUUAAAAAUUCAAGUUCCUCCAGUUAUCAAAUCACAUCCCAGAGAAUAUGUGAUUAUUAUGGAUAAACCUGUCACCCUGUUGUGUGAAGCAGAAGGCUAUCCGACUCCUUUGAUUGCCUGGCAAAAAAAUGAACAGAUAAUCACAGAGUCCAUGAGGCGAAGGGUUCUCAGCACGGGGGGUUUGCAGAUUGCCUUUGUUCAGCCUAUGGAUACUGGACAUUAUACUUGCAACGCUACUAACGCGGCUGGAUCCAGCAGCUCCAGUAUGGAACUCACUGUCCUUGUCCCACCAAAGAUCCAUGCAGUGGAGGACCACUAUACAGUUGUUGAAAAUUCACAAGCAGUUCUGUCUUGUGUUGCUGAUGGAAUGCCAGCACCAUCAGUGACCUGGAGGAAAGGUGACACAAGCCUUGUAGCUAAGCGCAGUUCUGAAUCACAUGGAGACUUCAUUAUAGAAAAAGCUAAGCCUGAAGAUUCUGGGAGCUACACCUGUAUUGCUAACAAUGUGGCUGGUGAAGACACCCACACUAUCAGUUUAACAGUUUAUGUCCUCCCAGCUUUUACUGAACUCCCUGGAGAUGUAGCUUUAAAUAAAGGAGAACAAUUGCAAUUAAAUUGUAAAGCAACAGGAGUUCCUGUACCCAACAUUAAAUGGAUAUUUAACAAUAAUAUUAUCCCAGCACAAUAUGAUGGAGUAAACGGACUGAGUAAACUUGUUAUUGAGAGAGUGUCUAAGAAAGAUUCAGGAACCUAUGUGUGUAUGGCAGAAAACCUAGUUGGUUCUAUCAAGGCUCUUGGAUCUGUCUAUGUUAAAGAACCUCCGGUAUUCAUGGGACAUGAUCAUUCCAGUCGGAUUGAACCCUUGGGUGGCAAUGCUAUUCUCAACUGUGAAGUCACAGGAGACCCUCCUCCAACUAUUCAGUGGAGCAGAAAAGGAGUUGGUACUCUGAUCAGCAAUCGAAUCAGACAACUUAGCAACGGAUCCCUUGUCAUCUAUGGCACAGUUAAUGAAGAUGCUGCAGAAUAUAUAUGUAUAGCUACAAAUGAUGCUGGUGUUGUUGAACACCAUGUCACUCUUACAUUACAUAGUACACCUGUUAUUAAAACUGAACCAGCAGAGAUCACUGUUGAUGCUGGAACCACAGCAGUGCUGAACUGCCAAGCAGAAGGAGAACCUCAUCCGACUAUUGAGUGGUCUCGUCAAGGCUGGCCUCUUCUGAAUCAAGACCGAAUGACUGUUUUGUCAAAUGGCUCUCUGCGUAUUGCAGUUGCUCAUAAAGAGGAUACUUCUGAAUAUGAAUGUGUAGCUAGGAACCUCAUGGGUUCUGUCCUGGUCAAAGUGCCCUUCAUUGUCCAGGUGCAUGGUGGGUUUUCUCAAUGGCUUGACUGGCAACUAUGUAGUGUAACAUGUGGCCGGGGUGUCCAAAAAAGGAUUCGUCUAUGCAACAAUCCUUUUCCUGCUAAUGGUGGACGAAGCUGUAUGGAGCCCGAUUAUGAACUACGCAGCUGUCAGAGCAAGUUGUGUCCAGUGGAUGCAAGCUGGUCAGAAUGGGGGUCUUGGGAAGAAUGCUCUAAAGCCUGUGGGCAAGGCAACAAAACCAGAACCAGAAGUUGCAGCAACCCUUCAGCUCAACAUGGAGGAAGACCCUGUGAAGGCAAUGCAGUGGAGUCAACUGUGUGCAACAUAAGGCCCUGCCCAGUGAAUGGAAAAUGGACUUCCUGGUCUAGCUGGAGUGCCUGUACCAUGUCUUGUGGAGGAGGUGCCCAACAGAGAACAAGAGAUUGCUCAGACCCACCUCCAAAGAAUGGUGGACUCAGAUGUGAAGGGAAUGAUCUUCAGGUUGGCUUUUGCAACACUGACCUCUGCCCCACACAUGGAAACUGGGGCCCGUGGAGCAACUGGGGGACUUGCAGUCGAACAUGUAACGGUGGUCAUACGAGAAGAUAUCGGAUUUGUGACAAUCCUCAUCCACUUAACGGAGGAAGAGCCUGUGUGGGGGCUGAUACACAGACCCAGAGGUGUCGUGGCGAGCUAUGUCCUGUGAAUGGAAACUGGGGUCCAUGGCAGCCUUGGAGUGCAUGUUCAGCUUCUUGUGGUGCUGGGGAAAAGAUCCGAUCACGAUUGUGCAACAAUCCACCUGUCUCUAACAAUGGACGUCUUUGUCCUGGAGAUGAGGCGCAAAUAUCCAGGUGUAACAUUCAGGCUUGUCCAGGUGGACCCUCACAUGCUAGAGGAAGCGUCAUUGGACAUAUUAAUGAUGUUGAGUUUGGAAUCGCUUUCCUGAAUGCUACCAUAAUAGAUGGUCCAGAUGAGGAUAUUACAAGUGUAGAAGCCAAAAUUACAAAUAUCCCUCGGAAUCUUGGUCCUGUAAUGAAAGUGCUGGUUUCUAUUCUGAGUCCCAUUUAUUGGAUAACAGCCAAGGAAAUUGGAGAAGCUGUGAAUGGCUUUUCACUCACCAGUGCAGUUUUCAAGCGGGAAACACAAGUAGAAUUUGCUACUGGGGAGCUUCUACGAAUGACUCAUGUUGCCCGUGGUUUGGAUUCAGAUGGUUCUUUACUCUUGGAUGUUGUCAUCAGUGGCCACAUACUACAGCUACAGUCAACAGAUGAUGUUAAUGUAAAAGAUUAUACAGAAGAUUACAUUCAAACAGGCCCUGGUCAGCUUUAUGCUUACUCCACUCGGCUCUUCAGCAUAGAUAGCGUCAGUAUACCAUACACUUGGAACCAUACAAUUACCUACAAUCAAAAUCGUGGGAAAAUGCCUUCCCUGGUUGAAACACUUCAAGCUUCUUCUAUUAAAACAGAAUAUAGCCCACAUGAAGAAGCUCUGACUUUUAAAAUUGAUGCUUCCAUUACAAAAGGAGACCACAGCAACCAAUGCCCUCAUGGGUUUAGUUUGGAUUCUUCUGGUCCCUACUGUUCAGAUGAAGAUGAGUGUAUAACUCAAAAACCAUGUCCCCAUAUAUGCCACAAUGUUGUAGGAACCUAUUACUGCUCCUGUCCCAAAGGCCUUACCAUAUCAGCAGAUGGAAGAGCAUGUCAAGAUAUUGAUGAGUGUGCCUUAGCGAGGCAUUCAUGCUUGGUGGGUCAAGACUGUGAGAACAUUAUUGGCUCAUAUCGCUGUGUGAUUCAGUGUGGAAUUGGUUUUAGAAGAACACCAGAUGGAUUGAGUUGCCAAGAUGUAAAUGAAUGCCAAGAGUCUCACCCUUGUCAUCAACAUUGCUUCAACUCCAUUGGAAGCUUCCACUGUGGAUGUGAUCCAGGAUAUCAGCUGAAAGGCAGAAAAUGCAUGGAUGUGAAUGAAUGCAGACAAAAUGUAUGCAGACCCGACCAGUUAUGCAAGAAUACACGAGGUGGCUAUAAAUGCAUUGAUCUGUGUCCAAGUGGAAUGACCAAAGCAGAAAAUGGAACAUGUAUAGAUAUUGAUGAAUGCAGAGACGGUACUCACCAAUGCCGAUACAACCAGUUAUGUGAAAACUCAAAAGGAAGUUAUCGGUGUGUGUGCCCAAGAGGCUAUCGAUACCAGGGGGUUGGAAGACCCUGCAUGGACAUUAAUGAAUGUGAACAAGUGCCUAAACCUUGUGCGUAUCAGUGUGCCAACAUCCCCGGCAGCUUCAAGUGUAUCUGUCCUCCUGGACAACAUUUAUUAGGCGAUGGCAAAUCUUGCGCUGGAUUGGAGAGGUUCCCAAAUUAUGGCACCUAUUACAAUAGCUAUAAUUAUGCUCAGUUCUCCCCCAUGAGAGACAACUAUCGACCACAACAAUAUAUCAGGCACUCCUCCAAUCUCUACAGCUCCUACUCAGAGUAUAGGAACAGCAGAAUUCCCAUCUCCAGGACUAGAAGAAAUGUUAGAGAGCCUUGCCCUGAAGGCUAUGAGGCAAGAAAUAACAAAUGUGUAGACAUUGAUGAAUGUGAGAACAGAGGUGUGUGUCAGCAUGAAUGCAGGAAUACCUUAGGGAGUUACCAGUGUUUUUGCCCAUCGGGUUACCGAACCAUGCCCAAUGGCAAAACAUGUCAAGACAUAGAUGAAUGCCUUGAACAGAACAUCUAUUGUGGACCGAACCGCAUGUGUUUUAACAUGAAAGGAAGCUAUCAGUGUGUAGAAACUCCUUGCCCGCCACACUAUGAACGAGAUCUUCUUUCUGGAUCGUGCCUCAAGAAGUGCCGACCCAAUGACUUGGAAUGUGCCUUGAGCCCUUAUGCUUUGGAAUACAAACUUGUAUCUCUCCCAUUUGGGAUUGCUGCCAAUCAGGAUCUAAUCCGAUUAGUUGCCUACACUGAGGAUGGAGUGAUGCACCCAAGGACCAGUUUCCUUAUGGUGAACAAGGAGGACAUGAGCAUCCCCUUUUCACUCAGAGAUGAGAACUUGAAGGGGGUGGUGUAUACCACGAGGCCUCUGCUAGAGCCAGAGACAUAUCGGAUGAGAGUCAGAGCUCUGUCUUAUAGCAGUGAUGGAGCCAUUGAAUAUCAGAUGACUUUCAUAGUCUAUAUAGCUGUGUCUGCUUAUCCUUACUAGGAGAAGCUUUGCCCAAAAUAAUCAAAGUAUGUUAACCACGUGCGUACAUCCCGCUGGGUGUGGCCACUUCCAGAAUGACUGCCUCAUCUCUAAAGAGUUGUAGAUAUGCAACUUGGGAGAAAAUGGUGCUAUGUUUCUUAUUUCUGACUGCCAAUCUUGUUGCAAUAAUGCUAUCUUGAACAAAAAUAGCUAUAGUCUAUGAAUCAUUGGAAUCUUACCAUACACUUUAUUUAUUACACUGGAGCAAUCACCUCCCAAAGAUUGUUCUGCCGACCCUUUGGAACUAGUUAGCGAUAGUAAUUAGGCAAUAAUUUAGUGCUAAAAGAAUAACAUGCAAGGAUGUUUUUAUUUCUUCCCCAACAUGAAAACCAAAUAUGGUAUGAAAAUAAAUAUGAUAUAGUUUUUGGAUGUUUUUUUUACAAAAUAACGAGAAAUGUUUGCAUAAUUACAAUAGUUUAUAUUUAACACUUGGUGGAAAGAAUAACUUUCCUGGACAUGACACAAAGGUAAGAUAGUAAUUGGUAACAAUUGAAAUAUGAAAAGCAGGACAAAUUGUGAAAAUCCCAGACAGUUGAUUGUACAUAAUGCACAGCAGCAAUUAUAGAAUAACAGAUUCGGAAGGGACCUUGGAGAUCUUCUAGUCCAACCUCCUGGUCACGCUAUACCAUUUCGGACAAGUAGCUAUCCAGUCUCUUCUUAAAAGCCUCCAGUGAUGGGGCACCCAUAACUUCUGAAGGCAAGAUGGUUGAUUGUUCAAGCUGCCAAGCCUCCUCAGAGCAUACAAAUAGCAGCUGAUUUGUUCUCCAGAGGGGAAUACAUCUAUCACAUGACUGAAAAAUAAAGCUGAAAUAAAGCCCUAAUGCAGGGUGGAAAUUGCCCUUGCCCUAAAGUAGUACAGUUUAUCGCUACUUUAUAUGGUGCGCCAGCUAGGAAUAACAGCCACCUUUUGCACUGGAAACAGGAAAUCUGGUGAAGUGUGCAAAGAAGGAAAUUCAACUUUCUUGUUCAAGGGAUGAUUAAAAAACUUAAAAUUAUAUUAAAACUUGCUUACCCCAAACACCAAGUUUGGUUUAAAAAAGUGUUAGAUGUCAAAACACUGUAUAAGGUGGUAAUAAAUUCUGGAAGUAAUUUUUGCCAAGAUGUAUUCUAUUUUUAUGAAAGUAUAUGUAUAUAUAAGUUUACUUGUAUGUGUACAAGGGCUUUUUUUUCUCCAAAAAAAGAAAAGAAAAACAAGUACCGGUAUUUUACCGAAGAAUUUUGUUUACGCAGUGGUACUAACCAAAUAAAACUUCACUUUCUCUUUUUUUACCAUUAUAUAUAUCAAUAUUGUUAUAAAUUGUUUAUUAUUCAAUGUUUCUUAAGUCUGUUUUAUUUUCUAAAUUAGUGCUACUGUGAGAAUUCCAAAAAUUGUUACCAAG